AUGGACAGCGGAGAUAACGUGACAGAAGGUCCUGUAAAAAAGGAGCCAACAGGUGAACAAUGCGAAACUAAUUCAGUGUUGGAUCCUGUGAAUGAGAAUGAAGAAAAUAUUUAUCAAUCAGCCAUGAUAAAAAAGGCACAGGAGAGAGAGUUUGAAAUAUUUUCUAGGAAAUUACAAACAUCAGGUAAACCAUGUACAAGUUCUGCUUUGGAUUCUGUCUGUGAUGGCAAAGACAUCGAUUUAACCCCCGUAAAAAAGGCACUGCCAUUGGAAAGAGGAACAUUUAAUAGCGAGUCACUGACACCAGAUUCGGGGAAUGGUGAAGAGAUCGAUAACUCUCAAUUAACUGCCGUAAAAAAUGUACAGGAGAGAAAGUCUCAAACAUGUAAUAGCGAAACACAAACAUCAGGUAAACCAUGCUUAAGUUCUGUAAAUGAUGACGAGGGGAGCAAUAAUUACCAUCAUCAAUCAACCAUUGUAAAAAACGCACAGGAAAGAGAGCUUGAAACAUGCGGUAUUAAAACACCACAGACGUCAGACGGAAAACGUCCGAAUGUUGACGAAGAAGUGUGUCAAAAAAAGCAUAUUAAAAUUCGUGACAUCAAUGACGAUAUUUUUAAAACUGUUUGCAAACGACUUCAGUUUGAGAACGCACGUGGCCAUGAUUGGCGAGGCUUAGCUGGAAAACUUGGUUACACUGUUGACGAUGUUCAAAUGUUCAAGUUAGAAAAAGAUUCUGCCGAAAAAAUGCUACACGACUGGGAUCAUAAAGGUCGUCAUUAUUUAAAUGAUCUGGUAAAGAAACUCCUGGAUAUGGAAAGGCGUGAUGUAGCUGACUUGCUUGAGGAAGAAAUAAAGAGAAUUGGAGAAGGAUGCAAUUGCGUAAAUUGCGGAAGCAUAAGAUGAGUAACGUGGUUUUGGUCUUAUUCUCUUCUUCGUCAUUAUUAAAAAACAACAUACCUCAUCAUAACAGGCGCACAU